AUUACGAAGGGUUCGUUGUAGUUGUAUGUAUUUAUUGACCUUUGGGCCAGAUAUUAAGCCUGGAAAGGAGCGUUAAAAUCUCCAUUUGGCAGAAGGAACAGAUCUGGAGGCAAACAAGAAUGGCUCAGGAGACUAACCAGACCCCAGGGCCCAUGCUGUGUAGUACAGGAUGUGGCUUUUAUGGGAACCCUAGGACAAAUGGAAUGUGUUCUGUUUGCUACAAAGAACAUCUUCAGAGACAGCAGAAUAGUGGCAGAAUGAGCCCAAUGGGGACAGCUAGUGGUUCCAACAGUCCUACCUCAGACUCUGCAUCUGUACAGAGAGCAGACACUAGCUUAAACAACUGUGAAGGUGCUGCUGGCAGCACAUCUGAAAAAUCAAGAAAUGUGCCUGUGGCUGCCUUGCCUGUAACUCAGCAAAUGACAGAAAUGAGCAUUUCAAGAGACGACAAAAUAACUACCCCGAAAACAGAGGUGUCAGAGCCAGUUGUUACUCAGCCCAGUCCAUCAGUUUCUCAGCCCAGUACUUCUCAAAGUGAAGAAAAAGCUCCUGAGUUGCCCAAACCAAAGAAGAACAGAUGUUUCAUGUGUAGAAAGAAAGUUGGCCUUACAGGAUUUGACUGCCGAUGUGGAAAUUUGUUUUGUGGACUUCACCGUUACUCUGACAAGCACAACUGUCCAUAUGAUUACAAAGCAGAAGCUGCAGCAAAAAUCAGAAAAGAAAACCCAGUUGUUGUGGCUGAAAAAAUCCAGAGAAUAUAAAUUAGCACUUGCGAAGAGACUGAAACUUUUGUUUUUAUUUUAAUAUAUCGUAGGAAAACAUUAAAGAGCAGAUGCAUGGCCAUUUUCCUUUGAUGUUCUCCAGAGUUUUACUUUACACUUGUCUGUCUUAUAAUUGAUAUUUUAGGAUGUUUGGGUGUUUGUUACAGGCAGAAUUGGAUAGAUACAGCCCUAUAAAAUGUAUAUGCCCUCCCCUGAAUAAAACUGAAUGGAAAUUGCACAGCAAAUUGAAAUAACAGAUAAUAGGGAAAAAAAAUUUAGUUCCCACGUGCCAAACAAAAUAAAUCUCUGCAUGUUUGCAGCAUAUCUGCCUUUUGGGAAUGUAAUCAAAGUAUAAUCUUUGGCUAGUGUUAUGUGCCUGUAUUUUUUUUUUUUUUUUUUUUUUAAUGGUACACCAGAAAAGGACUGGUAGUCUACUUCUACCAUAGUUAAACUUCACCCUCUUAAUUUCCACAUGUUCUUUGGAAGCAGGAUGAAAGCUGUAAAGAAGGAUCAGACCUUCCUUUCUGUGAAACCAGUGUUUGGUGCCAAAAGUAAGCCUAGUUAAAUUGGUCUUGUAAAAGCUGUCAAAUUCUGUGAAAGGUAUACAUUGCAACUGGUUAUAAGUAAAACCAUCAAGCCAACAACAGGGUGUUGAGAUAAACCUUUGAAGCUUGCUGGCCUGCACCAGAAGAUGUCUGCAUUAUUCUCAUUACUAAAAAUGUGUAACACAGAGCUGCACUAGGAUUAAUCACUUUACAAGAAAUUAAAACUACGUUUGGUUUUCAUAUACAGCAGCUCUAUUGAAUAACAUGCAUCUGAAUUUUUAAUUUGCAAAGGUAUCUGAACAGUUAAUUUUUCAUGUGCAUCUUUUGUUGAAUGUUUUGGUUCAAGAAAGAAUGUUUAAAGCUUUUUUAAAGACUUCAGUUCUUAAUGUAAUUGUACCCUUCUGCAUGGAAAAUCAUAACCAACAUGGCUGCAGUAGACUUCUUAGUGGUAUCCAGCACCACUUGCAGAGGGCUGCUUUAUCAUAUUAAUUGUACUUGGGUGUAGGACUCUAGUGUUCUUGGGUGUAUUGCAUGGGCUGCAUUAUCUACAGCAUUGUACAAUAACAACUAGAAAAGGCAGUAUACUUCACUGAUGCUUGUCUGGUAAUAUCACUUCUGUGUUAUAAUGGAAGGUUUCCUGUGAUGUAUGAAACUUGUGUUUUUUAUAUAUAAAUGAGUAUAGUUAGUGUUGUGGUAAUGCCUGUUUUCAUCUGUAAAUAGUUAAGUAUGUACACAAGGCACUACUUUUGAUUUAUUGCAGUGUUUGGUCCUAGUUUUUACUUUUAUUAAGGCAUUCAGUUUUACUUUCAACUUUAUGUACCUUAGUUCCAAGUUAGAUCUGCAGAUGUGUACAGAUAGUUCAUAUUUAUGUAUUGCACAUAAUCAUGCUAUUCAGCAUUGAUGCUAUAUUGUAUUAUGUAAAUAAUAAAAGCCAUGUACAGAGGGAAA